AUGGGUAAGGGUCCCACCUCGAUCACAGCCGCUAGCUUCACCGCGUCACAUGGACGUCACUUACGCAAUUACACCAGGCUCAGGCUACGGUGUACAGUUCCAAUGGCUGAUCUACUGAAGGGAGUGAAGAUCCAGAAGAAGGACGGCACCAGUGCUAACGCAGAGGAUGUACUGAAGGACAAAGUUGUAGGACUUUAUUUCUCUGCCCACUGGUGUCCACCUUGUCGACAAUUCACUCCUGUCUUGAAGGACUUCUAUGGUGAGUUGGAAGAUGGCGAAGAGUUCGAGAUCGUUUUCGUCUCUUUCGAUAGAAGUGAGUCCGACUUGAAGGAAUAUAUGGAGGAGUGCCACGGAGACUGGUACUGUAUACCGUUCGGUUCACCUCAAAUCCAAGAGCUUGCCACUAAAUACUCUGUCAGUGGUAUUCCCGCUUUGGUUAUAAUUAAAGCUGAUGGUACAGAAGUGACUAAAAAUGGAAGGAAUGAUGUUCAGAGCAAGGCGCCCAGAGCUGCACUAUCAGCCUGGAAAGCCGCAUAA